UAAUAAUUGCCCACCUCGCAAUGCGCGAGCAUUACACCUGUGCUGUCCUGCGCGCGAGCAAAGUCUGCGCGUCAGGAGGAAAAAAAGAAAAGUUCCACGAGCGCGACGGUGACGCGCGCAGAGAGUUGCGGAGCGUGUGAGUCCUGAAGGGCAAAUAAGAGACUGGAGAAAACGACCUUAACCAUAUCAAGGUCCAUUUCUCUCAUUCUUAUUCCCUAUAUGCGCAUGUGCUUUAUAUUGCGCAUGUUGACAGUGUAGAUUAUUUAUAUGUCGAACAUUUUAAUUCAAAGAUCUUGUGUCUGACAAGCAAAGCGUCAUCAUGGGUUCUGGUGGGCACGAUUUCUCUGGUGACCAACAGUAGCACGGGAUGUGCUGCACAAAGCGUGUCUGAAAUGCCAGACGGGAGACACAGAGACCUUCAGGAGGCUCAUAACAUCGAUUCUUGAGGAUAUAUUUAUUUGUACCGGAUAUAUUUCUCUGGACCACAAGGACGUACUCAAGUGCCACCGGGAAUUUUGCUGCGAGGGAGCCGGUAUAAAUGAAAUGCGCGGAAUGCAUGGAAAACUCUCCUGUAAAAUAACAUAUAUUGGGAUUUAUUGUAGCUAGCUAUUUAUAAUAAAUACGCCCUACGACCAUCUUGAGCCUCUCAGAAGCCUGAUUUUAAACUCAACUAGUCUGUGUUGUCUAUUGGUUCAUUUACCUACUUUAAAACUUAAGAUAUUUCAUUUUUGUCUUUUUUUUUCUCGUUAAGCCAUGACAGGGAUGACAAUUGCCUUGUUUUUUGAGAAUCUACUGAGUAAAUUGUCAUUGCUUGAAUUAAAGAUGUUGGAUUCGGAUGUGAAAGUGGAAUAAUCAUUCAUAGAGAAAUAACUGCAGUAAGGACUGGACGUUGGACCUGCUAUAUAUUAUUUACACAACUAUUUCUGACUUUUCUUGGUGAACUCAAACAAUGGGGAUCAAGCUGAGAGUUAUUCUGGGGAUGUUUCAGUUCGUCUCACUUACCAGAAUAUCAACACAAUGUGCCAAAACACCGUCAGACCACUGGAUGCCAACAGAGAGCCAUAAAUCUGGAGAAGUGGUGAGGUGGUUGGAUGUGUAUCAGAGAAGCGGAUGUCAUCCCAGAGAGACACUGGUGGAAGUUUGGCGGGAGUUUCCUUGGGAGACACAUCACCUCUUCCUGCCGUCGUGUGUAACGCUGCGCCGCUGUGGAGGCUGCUGCUCAGAUGAGGCACUGGAGUGUGUGCCAUCACAAACACACACACUUGUAAUGGAGCUCAUGAGGACCUCAUACAUGAAGCAUGAACUUGUGCAGCUGCCUUUUAUCGAACAUAACCAGUGUGAGUGCAGGCUAAAAGCAAAUCUUUAUGCAGAGCCAACAAGGCAAGGCCUACAGACAGCAAGAAAAGGUAAAAAGCGGCAAAGGGGGAAACCAAAGCGAAAGAAACACAUGGGGAAAAAGCCGACUCUCGUGCCAACUACACCCCCUCCUCCUCCGCCUCCCACUCUACCGCCUAGCUCCGCCCCUCCACCACCUGCCGGAGAGGCGUGUCCACCGUGCCCCACCCGCAGGAUGACAUCACAGCUUCCCUCUUGUGAAUGCAGGUGCAGUUUGAGGGAGGUGAGCUGUACAAAAAGAGGGAAGACACUUAACCAGCACAGCUGCCGAUGUGAAACCCAAAGCGAAUAGUGAAAUCAAACCACCCGUAUAAUCCACCGCUCAAACUUUGCACAGCUUUAAGGAGGUCAAAGGUUUGCUUAUUCUUUUGUCAUGGACUCUGAAGUUUGGGUCUCACGCAGAAAAAAAGUUUGCAUUUGAGAACAAACCACAGACCCACCCCCCUGGCCCAUCUGGCUAUGUCCCACACACCAUUACGACAGUAUUAGAUCCAUAUUCAUUCAUUCUGUACCGUGUGUGUGUACGGAAUAUCACAAGAUCCUACUAUAGAAGCUUUUUGCCAUUAUGAUCCAAACUUCAGACCACCUUUAACCAUUUGACACUGUAUUAUGGACAUUGAAUGGGUCAAGCGUAUCGCCAUUGAGCUUUAUCCAAAACCAGUUUGGGAUUUUGUUCAGCUUCAUGUAGGCAUGGACACACAGCUAGGCUGAUGCUAAGGAUGACAAGUGUGCUGAGAACUUUCAAAGGGAAAUCUGAAUAAGGAAGAAGUCCUUUUUUUCUACCAAACUACUUAAAGUGGAGAGUUUUUGAUGGGAUGGAUGUUGACAGACCUUCAGUGUUGAGAGAACUCAAGUGUUUCGCUACACAAACAGAGUAUCUCAUCCUGAGAACAUCCCCGGUGUGUCCUUCUGACCCUCCUCGUGUGAUAAAUGGAUGGAUGGGUCGAUUAGACGGAUCGACGGGUGUCUGUGUGGUCUGAAUUGUGCAUAAUAAGGAUCUGUGCGUCUAUCCUAAUUUAUUCCUGGCCUCUAUAAGUCCAUAAUGUGGCUUCACAGACUGUAUCAAUGAGUCUUUUUUGUGUUUGUUUGAUUUGCUUUUUGUUCGGUUCCUUCCUUUGGGAAUUGAAAGCUUUUUCCCACUGGCUAGCCAGUGAGAGGAAUGCCAAUCGUAUAGAAACCUGGCUAUAUUCCAUUGGUGCUCACCAAACACAAGUCUCUCUCUCCCACACCCCCGAUCACACUCAUUUUUUGUCUCUUUUUUUUAUCCCUUUUCACUUCAUCUGUCGCUUUUUCAUUCUUUCUCCCUCCACACCCACACACACACACACACACACACAGUCAUGCGUACACAUACAAAUGCAAACAGGUAAAUAUAAGCUUUUCUGUAUUGAUACUGAAAGAAGAAUUUAUUUUAUCUAUCUUAUUAAUUUUGUAAAGAAUACUAAUGUUAUUGUAGUCCAUUUUGUUUUAAAGAAUGUUUCUUUUGUGUAUCUCUGUUAAUCCAACCUAUAGCGUCAGACUGGGUGGCCGGCCGUGUGUUGAAUAUGAGUAAAUGCUCUGAAAGUCUUUAGGAAAAGGGAAAUGCUCAUUCUGUUUGUGUUUUGUGUCUUAAUCAUCUCACAGCGUUGGGAGUAUGAUGUAUUUAUUUUUUAUAUUGAAAUGCAUUUUGUAUUAUGCUUUGCCCUGUUUCUUUUGGGACAUUUAGUUAUCUGCUGCGGCUGAUGAUUCAAGAAUAUUCAGUAUUUUUGGCAGAUUUCCUCAGAAUCACGCAGAUCGGAUAAUGUAGCUGUCAGUCAAUGUUGAGGAUUGUCAGUUUCCAUCAGCCGCGAACAUGAAAGAAUCACUUUUUUAUUUAAAAUUUUUUAUGGUGGUCAUUUAACCAAACACUUCUUUCCACCAUAUAUGUAGCAUUAUUGAAUGAAAUAUGAAUUCCAAAAGCAAGGCUGAACUCACUUUAAGUGAUUUCUCAGAUUAUUUGUUUAGCCAUUAUCUGCAAUAAUGUAAAUUAUUAGGAUCCCUCAGUACCCUUUCACUCUUCAAUCUACAGAGAUAUAAGAUAUCCACGAGUUGUCAGCAUUCCCAAACUAAUGAUCUGUGUUAAAGUCAACAUGAAAUUUCAUUAGCAACCCUUUUUACUGCAGUAUAUUAUGUGGCUUUAAUGAAACUGGUCUUCAGUGAGAAAAGAUAUAUAGGGUGGCAAUUAAUUGUAUGCAUUGGCAGUUUGUUGAAUGUUGCACUGAAAAAA